AUGGCGCCGUCCGCAGACCUGGAGCGGGGCUCAGCCGACCUGACGCUAUCGCGGCGACCUUGGCGGCUACAUCCGACGCCGUGGGCCGACAUCGUCUCGCACCCCUACAAGGGCUCAGGCACGGCCGCCGAUCCCUUCAUCGUGACCUGGCUCGAGGUCGAUGGCGAGCACCCGCGCCAGUUCUCCACGCUGCACAAGUGGGUCACGACCAUCAUUGCCGCCAUGGGAACGCUCGCAGUCACGAUGGGCAGCUCCAUCCUCUCGGCAGCCAUUACGACGGUGCGCCACGACUUUCCUGGCUACAACGACAUGACGUACAUCAUGGUCACGGGCAUCUACAUCCUCGGCUUCGUCCUUGGCCCUUUCCUCUGGGGUCCCUUCUCCGAAGUCAUGGGCAGGAGGACGACGUACGUCGCCUCCUUCGUCCCCUUCACCAUCUUUGACGCCGCCGUGUGCGGCGCGCCGAAUAUGGGCGCGCUGCUCGCGUUGCGUUUCAUCGCCGGUGUUUUUGGCUGUAGCGGCAUGACGAAUGCCGGCGGUGUCAUCGCUGACAUGUUCGAAGCACAACAAAGAGGUCUAGCUAUGGGGAUUUUCGGUGCGGCGCCUUGGAGCGGCCCGAGUAUAGGACCUCUAAUUGGUGGUUUUCUAGGUCAUUCGGCCGGUUGGAGAUGGGUUGCGGCCGUGGCAUGUCUCUUUGUCGCGUUGGUGACAUUCGCCACUCUCGUCUUUCUCCCUGAGACGUAUGAGCCCAUGCUCCUGCGCCGCAGGGCCAAGAUGCUUUCCCAGGCGACAGGCAAGGUGUACCGCGCACCGCAGGACCGGGACGGGCUGCUGGACGUGAAGAAAUUGUUGAGAUAUCAACUUCGAGUUCCGUGGAUCCUCCUCUUCACGGAACCAAUUGUCUUCAUCCUCUCACUCUACAUGAGUGUCGUUUUCGGCAUCCUCUACAUGACCUUCACGUCUUUCCCCAUCGUCUUCCAGGGCUACAGGCACUGGGGUAUCGGCCUUGGCGGACUCGCCUUCAUGGGCAUCAUGGUUGGGUGCAACGUCGGUUUGGCGUACAUGGUCUUCUGGGGGAACAAGAAAUACGUCCGCAAAUAUAACGAAAAGGGCUUCCUGCCACCCGAGGCACGCCUGCCUAGCGCUAUCGCCGGUGCGCUCCUCAUGCCCAUCGGCCUCAUCUGGUUUGCAUGGACGUGCACACCCGCGAGCAUCCACUGGAUCGUGCCCAUGCUGGCAACCGUGCCCUUCUCGGCAGGUAUGGUGCUCGUCUUCCUGGCGGUGCAAAACUAUCUGGUCGACGCCUACCUCCCGACGGCGGCGUGCGUCAUUGCCGCGGCAACCGUCAUCCGCUCGCUCGUCGGCGUCAUCCUCCCCCUUUUCACGACAGACAUGUACACUGCCCUCGGCACGAACUGGGCGGGCACGCUGAUCGCCUGUCUCGGAUUCGUGUUCGUGCCCGUGCCCCUGAUCCUCAUCAAGUACGGGCGCCGCAUCAGGCGCAUGACCAAGUACGGCCGCGAGGCGGACGACCACAUCAGCAAGAUGGCCGAGGCGCGGCUAGCGCAGCGGCGCGGCGUCGUCCCCGCCUCUACCGAUGUGGAGGAGCAGGUCGAGAUCGAGGGCAAGGAGCCAGAAGACAUCGCCACCACGAACGGGGACACGCUCGGACAUGUUUUGGAGGAGGAGCGCAAGAGCUAUGAGGAGAAGCGCAAGAGCCUCGAAGCGGAUGAGCACGCCUCUCGCCUCACGGCUGUCGAGACGCCGAGGAGCGAGAAGGAGGUCUUCUUCGACGCUGCGAGCAAGGCGGACACGGAGCCGUUCGAGAGCGCGCGGCAGAGCAUGCACUCGGAGAUCCUCCUCGAGUCGGCGCCAGUGACCAGCGAGAAGCGAUAG